UCUACCAAACUGUCGUUCGGUGGAGGGAUUCAGUGCAAGAUGAAGAUUUUCGCAGUGUUAGCUCUGUACCUGGCAGCCGUUGCUGCCGGACCCGAAGAGGACCUCUGGUUGCGGUACAACAAACGUAUGCCCGAUGCAUACUACCUAUCGAAACCUGUUCCAAAAUCGCCAUUCACCGGUCGCAUAGUAGGAGGAGUUGAAGUCGACAUCGAAGACUUCCCGUACAUGCUAUCUUUGCGCCGACGUAGUUUAAUAGCUUGUGGAGCCUCGGUUAUCUCAACUCGCUGGGCAUUGUCAGCUGCGCAUUGCACUUAUCCACUACCGGAUGUUUCAAUUAUUACACUGCGCGGAGGUACCAGCAAUCGUCUACAGGGAGGUGUGGUUUUCGAUGUUGAUCUGAUCAUUAAUCAUCCUCAGUACAACGAUGCGAAUUUGGCGAACGAUGUUUGUGUUCUACGAACAGUUGAGCUGAUGAUCGGACUCUUCAUCGCACCAAUCGGAUUAGUUCCCGCGGGCACCUAUUAUCCUGGGGGUACUCGAGCAGUUGUAUCUGGCUGGGGUCUCACCAGCGUGCCUGGACCAAUACCAACGCUAUUACAAGCGGUAAACAUUCCGGUGGUUGAUCAGGAAACUUGCGCAGCACAAUGGGCCGAUGGACAGGUUACCGAGGACAUGUUAUGCGCUAGUGAAGAAGGGCGCGAUGCUUGUAGCGGCGACAGUGGAGGUCCGCUGGUUACCGGAGGACGACAAAUUGGUAUUGUUUCGUGGGGUACACUUGCCUGUCGAGGUUCAUCGCCGGGAGUUUUCGCACGGGUUGCUUUCCCGCCGAUUCGGAACUGGAUAGAAGAGGUUACUGGUGUAUAGUCAUGUGACAUUAAACAUUGUGUUAUUUCUGUGCAAUGUUUGUUUGAAAAAAUUCACAACCCUUUUGCGUUUAUUGUCCCAUUUCGAAAAAUUCUGUAUGCGUGAUAACUGUUCAUAAUAACAUUUUUUGGCAAAUAAAAAGAAC